CAGCGCGCGCCGCCGGCGAGAGAUGUGCCGGAGAUUAUCACUCCAAAGGCUGUUAAGGAGACACGUGUCAGUUUUUUAGAUAUGUUCGUUGACCAUGCUUUUCAGUUCGUUGACCAGCCUUAUCUCCCUUCUCAGAAAAACUUCGCCCCAGUUGAUGAGAUCGGAGAAGCAGUGGGAGUUAGCACAAUUGAAGGCUGCAUUCCUGAUGAAUUUCCACAGGGUGUUUUCGUAAGAAAUGGGGCAAACCCGAUUCACGGAGCGCUAAAAUCCGCAAUAUCGAUAUUUGGAAAAUCGAGCCACGUAUGGGUAGAAGGAGAAGGAAUGCUCCAUGCUGUCUUCUUCAACAAAAAAAUAGACGAUAAAUGGGUAACUCGUUACAAAAAUAAAUAUGUCGAAACCGAUUCGUAUAAAAUCGAUAAACAAAGGGACAAACCUGCAUUUAUCCCCGCUGUCGAAGGGACCUCCGGUGGUGUUUUAUCGGGUUUCAUUUUCAACAUGCUACGAUUUGGUAGGGUGAACGAGAACUUUAGCAAUACAAGUAUUUUCGAGCAUUCGGGGAAAUACUAUACGGCCGCCGAGAAUAGUAUGCCUCAAGAAAUUGACAUAAAUACCCUCCAAACUGUUGGCACUUGGGAUAGUAUUCUUGAUUCUUGGAACCGAUCAUUCACGAGUCAUCCGAAGAAAGCUCCAGAAACAGGUGAACUUGUUACAGUUGGAUUUGAUGCCCAAAAACCCUACCUUGUCCUAGGUUGCAUCUCAGCGGAUGGAAUGAAAUUGAUCCAUAAAGUUGAUCUCAAGUUGGAGAGGAGUGUCAUUUGCCAUGACAUGGGUGUUACUCAAAGGUACAAUGUUAUACUGGAUUUUCCAACAAUUGUAGACACAACGCGGCUUCUCUUAGGUGGCGCGUUGAUAAAAUUUGAAAAGGAAAAAUAUGCAAGAAUCGGAGUUAUGCCUCGUUACGGAGAUGCUGAUUCUAUGCGUUGGUUCGAAGUGGAUCCGUGUUGCGCAUUUCACAUCAUCAAUUGUUACGAAGAAGGUGACCAGGUGGUGAUAAUGGCAUGCAGAUCGGAGGAAUCGAUCAUUCCGGGACCGGAGUUGGGGAACGACAAAUUUGAUUGGUUCUCAAGAGGAUUUAAACAUUUAAAUUCAUCGAAAAAAGACGAGGGUUUUCUUUUUGCUCGUCCUUUUGUUUGGAGACUGAACAUGAAAACCGGAAUAGUCGAAAAUAAGAGUUAUCUCACAGGAACUGAAUUCUCGCUCGAUUUUCCAUUUAUCAAUGAGAAAUUUACCGGAAUCAAGAAUAAAUACGGCUACACUCAAGUCGUUGAUUCCGCUGCAAGUUCGAAUGCAGGUAUGUCUAAAUAUAAUGGGCUGGCCAAACUAUUUAUAGAAGAGAAAAAUCUCAAUCUUGCUGAGGGCACGAAAGAUGGAGACGAAUUUACGAAGGUAGAGUACCAUAUGUUUCGAGAAAACACAUUCUGCACGGGAUCUGCAUUUGUUCCUAAAAAUGGAGAUAAUAUUGUCGAAGAAGACGACGGUUGGAUCAUCACUUUCGUACAUAACGAGACCACCGAUAUUUCUCAGGUGUACAUAGUUGAUGCAAAGAAAUUUUCAAGUGAACCAGUUGCUAAAAUCACACUUCCAUGCAGAGUGCCUUAUGGAUUUCAUGGAGCUUUUAUGCCUUUGAUUAAUUAAUAUUUUAUUGUUUAGAACUCUAUAUAGUAUGUGUAUAUAUUAGAGUUGCAUGUUGGAACGGAAUUUCCAACUUCCGCCGGUUCCGAUCCGAAAAGUUCCGAUUUUGG